UAUAUUAUAUUAUUUAUUUUAUAUUUUGUUCCAUGAAAAAUCUUAUUAUUUUUUCAUUUUUGUAUUUAUAGUAUUAGUAAACACCUCCGUUUUAGAUAGUAAACAUGUUCUGUGUUUUUUUGAUUCCUACUAAAAUUAAUACUAAAUAAUAAAUUCAAAUAACAGAUAUAACUAAUAUUAAUAGGCUUACACAAUUCCCAUCAACAUUUGUGAGUACUGAGUUGCGACUGGCGRUUGUUAAGAAUGUCUUAUCAAAUGAAAUACAAAAAAUCUUGGAUGAUCAAUUGUUUUAUAAAUUUAAGUUCAAAUACUGAACAUACUACCUCCUUACCAAUGAGAGUAGAUUUUCUGAACCACUCACUGAAUAUCUUAGCAGAUGAAGUAAAUGAAUUUAUUUACCUCACACCUGAAACAUAUGUCUUGCAAUCAACUCUUCAUCUAGGAAUUUUAUCUUUUGAUUCUUGUCAUCACGGAAAGUGGGUUCUGAGCUUUAAUGAUGAACCAUCAGCAAUGAAUUUCAUCGAAACGUUGAGGGAAAACGAUAUUAAAGUGACGGACAUUGAAAAAUUGUUAUCAGAAAAAGAGUGUUUGGAAGAUGCUAUAAUUAAAACUGUAACUGAUGUAAGUUUCCAAAUUUUGUAGCUAAAGUGGAAUACACCAUGAAAA